UAGGGCACAAGUUGCCGGUGUGAUUACCUGGCAACUCUAGCGCGUCAAUGACAAGAAAACAAACGCGAGCGGAAUGCUUUUCUAUUCAUUCUUUAAAUCUCUGGUGGGCAAAGAAGUCGUCGUCGAGCUGAAGAAUGACCUCAGUAUAUGUGGAACCCUGCAUUCUGUGGACCAAUACCUCAACAUUAAGCUGACAGACAUCAGUGUGACGGAUCCCGACAAAUAUCCGCACAUGCUCAGCGUUAAGAAUUGUUUCAUCCGUGGCUCUGUUGUCCGCUAUGUCCAGCUGCCCGGCGAUGAGGUGGACACACAACUGCUCCAGGAUGCGGCGCGUAAAGAGGCGGUGGUUAGCACGCGAUAGGUGGAUGCCCUGGGGUAGGUCCUUGAUGUCCUCAUGAGCAUUUUUCUUUUAAGCCCAUGCAUUUCUAAGUGAAUUAAUUGAUUUGUGAAUAAGAGAAAUAGAAACUGUGUAUAUGGAA